AUGGAAACUCAAGAUCCACUAUCUAAACUACCACAAAAUUCAGAUCCACCAAAGCCCCAUAACUCCAACCCCAACCCUACUACAUCAUCACCUUCUUCUUCUUCAAUGGUCAACAACAUUCGAGGUGGAGCCCACCAUAGGAGGGCACAUUCCGAGAUGAGUUUUAGAUUAGCAGAAGAUAUGACAAUGAUGAUGAUGGAUCUCCAUCCCUCAGAUCAAAUCAAUGGUGCUAACGGUAAUGGUGGGUCUUCAACAGGAAGCUUAGAAGAGAUCGGAUCAGAGGAUGAUUUGUUCUCUACCUACAUUGAUGUUGAUAAGCUUACUGGAGGCAAUAAUGGGAAUGGAACUGGAGGGGAGAAUCAGAAUGACAAUGAUAAUAAGAUAAAUGGAGAGAAAGGUGGCGUUGUUGGUUCGGGUUCGGGUACUUCCAGGCCUAAGCACAGACAUAGUAAUUCGGUGGAUGGGAGUGUGUUUGGUGGGGGAGAGGUAAUGGAGGCUAAGAAAGCAAUGCCGCCUGAUAAAUUAGCUGAACUUUGGACUAUUGAUCCUAAAAGAGCUAAAAGGAUACUUGCAAAUAGGCAGUCUGCUGCUCGCUCUAAAGAGAGGAAGGCCCGAUACAUACUGGAACUUGAGCGCAAAGUUCAAACCCUCCAAACAGAAGCAACCACUCUUUCUGCACAACUAACUCUGUUCCAGAGGGACACAACUGGUCUAAGCACAGAAAACACAGAGCUUAAGCUUCGGUUGCAAGCUAUGGAGCAACAGGCUCAAUUGCGAGAUGCUCUGAAUGAAGCACUGAAGAAGGAAGUUGAGAGGCUCAAGAUUGCCACCGGGGAAAUGUUAAGCCCUUCCGACUCAUUCAACAUGGGAAUGCAACAAAUGGCCUUCACCCAGUCAAACUUUUUCUCACUCCCUCCUCAACCAGGACCUACCGGUCACCCAAACAUGCAAUUACCAUCAUUUACUCAUUCUCCAUCUAGUAUGUCCACCCACCAUCUACAUCAGCCAGAUUCUCGUAAUCUCUCAGACUAUAUGCAAAACGACCCUAUCGGACGGUUUCAGGGGCUUGAUAUCAGUAAUAAAGGAUCAAACAUAGUAAAGGUUCUCCAGAAAGGGAAGCACCCUGGUUUUGAUGCAAUUUGGUCUGAAAUGGGGAGCGAAGUGAAAAGUGAAACAUCUGCUGGUUCUCCUACUUCGGUUCUAGAAGACGAGGAGAAAUGUCAGGUGAAAGUAGAAGAAGAGGUAUUUGUAGAAGCUAAAAAUGGGGACUUGUCUCUUAUAUCGAAAUCUAUGGCGGAGGAGGAAGAGAAACUGUUGAAUUCUCGGAUAAAAGAAGAAGGGCAAGAAAAAGUGCCGGAGGAGGGAACUCAGUUGGAUGAAAGUCAAUUUAAUAAAUUGGAUCAGCUUUUAACUCAGACUCAGCUCUAUUCACAGUUCUUGCUGGAAAAGAUUGAUCAAAUCACAGUAAAUGGAGUGGAGCAAAAGAAUGAACCUGGUGAGCUGCAAAAGAGAGGUCGUGGAUCAAAAAGAAAAGCUGCCACACUAUACAAUUCUAGGAAAGCCAAGAGAGCAGUUACUGCAAUGCUUACAAGAUCUAAAGAAGUUGAAAAGGCUGAGGAUGCAGAUUUGACUGAGGACGAAAGAGUUGAGAAAGAGCAGAGAGAACUUGUGCCUUUGCUAACUGGUGGCAGGCUGAAGUCUUAUCAGAUUAAAGGUGUGAAAUGGCUGAUCUCUCUUUGGACAAAUGGGCUUAAUGGGAUCCUUGCUGAUCAAAUGGGACUCGGAAAGACUAUCCAAACAAUUGGUUUCCUUGCACAUCUAAAAGGGAAUGGUUUAACUGGACCCUAUUUGGUUAUUGCUCCCCUUUCCACUCUCUCAAAUUGGGUGAAUGAGAUUUCGAGGUUUGCCCCUUCUAUGGAUGCAAUUGUCUACCAUGGAAGCAAGCAACAAAGGGAUGAGAUAAGGAGGAAGCACAUGCCCAGAUCAAUUGGCCCCAAAUUUCCAAUUGUUGUUACUUCCUAUGAGAUUGCAUUAUCUGAUGCAAAGAAGCAUUUGAGGCAUUACCCAUGGAAGUAUCUUGUGGUUGAUGAGGGACACCGGCUGAAAAAUUCAAAAUGCAAACUGCUGAAAGAGUUGAAAUACUUGCACAUAGACAAUAAGCUCUUACUAACUGGGACCCCUCUGCAAAACAAUUUGUCUGAGCUUUGGUCAUUGUUGAAUUUCAUUUUGCCUGAUAUAUUCCAAUCCCAUGAAGAAUUUGAGUCAUGGUUUGAUCUGUCAGGAAAGUGCAGUAAUGAAGCAAUGAAGGAAGAAGUAGAGGAAAGACGAAGGGCUCAGGUUGUAACCAAACUCCAUGCAAUAUUGCGCCCCUUUCUCCUUCGGAGAAUGAAGACUGAUGUGGAGCAGAUGCUCCCUCGGAAAAAGGAGAUCAUUUUAUAUGCUACUCUGACUGAGCACCAGAAGAAAUUCCAGGAUCAUUUAAUCAAUAAGGAACUGGAGAACUAUUUACGAGAGAAGGUGGAUACAGGAUGUGGUAUGAAAGGAAAGCUUAAUAAUUUGAUGCUUCAACUUCGGAAAAAUUGCUACCACCCUGACCUCUUAGAGUCUGCCUUUGAUGGCUCAGAUUUCUAUCCACCUGUGGAACAGAUAGUUGGGCAAUGCGGCAAAUUCCAAUUGCUGGACAGAUUGUUGAAUCGGUUGUUUGCACUCCAGCACAAAGUUCUGAUUUUCUCUCAGUGGACUAAAAUUUUGGAUAUAAUGGAAUACUAUUUAAGUGAGAAAGGAUUUGAAGUUUGUAGAAUUGAUGGCAGCGUGAAGUUGGAUGAAAGGAAGAGACAGAUUGAGGAAUUUAAUGAUGAGAACAGCCAAUGUAGGGUAUUUCUUCUUAGCACAAGAGCUGGUGGAUUGGGUAUCAACCUCACUUCAGCUGAUACCUGUAUACUGUACGACAGUGAUUGGAACCCUCAAAUGGAUCUGCAAGCCAUGGAUAGAUGUCACCGAAUUGGGCAAACGAAACCUGUUCAUGUUUAUAGACUAACAACAGCUCAAUCUGUUGAGGGUCGUAUUUUGAAAAGAGCUUUUAGUAAGUUGAAGCUUGAGCAUUUGGUAAUUGGAAAAGGGCAGUUUCAUCAAGAGCGAACCAAGUCUAACAGCUCUGAAGUCACGGAGGAUGAGGAUAUAUUGGCCUUGCUUCGGGAUGAAGAAACAGAAGAGGACAAGUUGAUACAGACAGAUAUCAGUGAUGAAGAUUUAGAGAGGGUUUUGGAUCGUAGUGACUUAGUUGUAGGCUUAUCACCAGAUGAGAUUGCUGCUACUUAUUCAAUUCCCGUGAAAGGGCCUGGUUGGGAGGUGGUAAUACCAACUGCAAGUGGAGGCAUGCUCUCUACCCUCAACAGCUAG